CAGCAGUCACCAGCUGAGGCAGUACUCAGUGAGUGACUAAACCACAUGCAGAAUUGAGAGCAGAGUCAUGGUGGUGAAGAAGAAAACAGCCAGAGUUGAGGCUGUAGCUUUGGGUGAGGAGGAACUGAACAAGCUGCUCGCGUCGCUGUCUGUCGAUGGGUGUGAAGAUGAAGUCAGCCAGGUGGCCCAAACCUUGCAGUCCUGUUUGGAGCAGACGGAGCCGGUGCAGCAGAUCCAGCUGGUUAAGAAGGCAGGAUCCCAGCUGGAGGCGCUGAGCGCAGAGCAGACGGACUCGGUCCUUCUCGACGCUUGUCUGCACACGUUGGCUCUGGUCUACACCACGCUGCCCGCCAAGAACCCCCUACGGCGAGCUAUCGCCAGCGCCAUAGGUUCAGUUCCAGCGUGGCUUCAUGAGCGGACGGUGAACAGCUUGUCCUCCUGCCUUUCCGACUGUAUGUCCGCCCCCUCUUCAGACCAGCACCCACACGUCAUAAACACCAUCUCUGCCUGUCUGGAUGGCUUCCCUCUCGGUGGGAGGUGCAUUAACAAGCUGCUGCAUGAAGUGUUGCAGUUCCAUCACAAGGUGUUGAGUGAGUACCUGCACCAGAACAGUGGCCUCGCGGGCCGUCACAUCGCCCAGGCCCAGCUGAUGCAGUCCUGUCUGGCUGCUGUGAAGACGUCCAUGCUGGUGAUCCAGAGAAACCAGGACUCACUGGUUGUAGCCCUGCAGGCUCAGAAAGAUCCCCAGAGGCUGGAGGACACGCUGGGAAGUCUCCUGGGCUGCUACGUGCGCAUCCUCACAGACGAGGAGUUCAUCCAGUCAGUCCAGAGCACAGCUGGCAUGGCGGUCGUGUUACUGAUCAGGUCUGUCAUGGGCUCUGGAGACGAAGUUGCUUCUGUGGUGUGCAGUUUGUUGCGUGGCUCCGUUGAAGGUUUGGAUUCAGCUCCUCAGUGGCUCAAGCAGAGGUGCGUCGGUCUGUGCACCGGUGGACGUCUGCCGGGCGUCUCUCUCUAUCUGUGCCACGGGGCUCUGGCCAUGUUGGGCUGGAAGGGCGCCCUCCCCGGGCCGCAGUGGGAACAACUGCUCCUGUUGGUCCCGACCAUGCUCCUGGAUCUGGACGUCAGUAUAAAGGAGUCCAGUACGGCCAUGGUGGUGGCUCGGGUGCUGACCCUGUGGAGCGGCGCAGCUCUGGACUGCCUCCAGGGGGAGACGCGGCCCUGCCCCCCCUCCCUCCAGCAGUCCCUCAGCGGAGGCUCCGAGCUCCAGCGGCGCCUGCUGGAGCACAUUUACUCCCACUGGGAGCACCCGUUAGACGGCGUCCGCCACCAGACCCGUUCCCUGUUCCGCAACCUCCUUCUGCUCCAUCAGCAAACCACCAACUCCGACCCAACCGGGGAUCCUUACAUCACGGACCUCACCCGAAAUCUGCUGGGUCUGGAGUGGCACAUGAGGGGGAAGUACGGCUCCCUGGGCUGCCUGGUGGAGCUCUACGGGGCGGGGCACCUGCUAGACAUCCAACCCCAGCUGCCCACGUGUCUCCUGGGCUUGAUGGGCGACCAGACCCUGGCUCCGUACGCCAGCGACCUCCUGGAGAGGCUGUUCGUCAGCCACAAGGCGCAGCUGAUGAGCGGCGCAGGUGCAGGUGCAGCAGAAGCAGCAGCAAAGACGGAGGACUGGAUGGAGCGCUGGCAUCGGACAUGGGUAACCCCUCUGCUCCACGUGCUGUGCCGCGCCAGGCUGGACCAGACCACGUACAUCCUGGACUACUUCCUGCCCAAGCUGCUGCGCUGCAGCCCCUCCAGUCUGGCGCACAUGGUGCACGCCCUGCAGGACGCACCGGCCUGCAGCGCAGCGCCUUCAGGCAGCCGGGGGGCUCUGGGGGCCCUGAUGACAUGCUUGCGGGCGGCCAGGGCCCAGGGAGUCAUCCCGUCCUCAGAGGAGGGUUUGUGGGGAGCACUGGUUCCCCUCUCCCUGCUCCAACAAGCACUCAUACACAAACACGAUCAAGUGAGGAUGGACGCUUUGGGCUUGGUGUGUGAGAGCCACCGCAGCACCGAGGUUCUGACCGCGCAGGAAAUGGACCUCGUCCGCCACUUCCUCCCACCCAACCUGAACAGCCAGUCACCGGGAAUCAGGCAGCAAACAGUCAGCUUGAUGAAGAAGCUGCUUUGCCGAGUGAAGGACAGCACUCAGCUGCUGCAGAAGAGACUGAUCCAGGAGAGAGACCAGGACCAGAAGGACAGAGACCAAAGCACACUACUCCUCUAUAAGGAGUUCCUGCGGUGGAUGUGCGUGAAGCUGCUGGAGGUUUUGAUCCCGGGAGCUUCCUUCUCUAAAUGUCUCACGUCCCUCCACCUGCUCGGUCUUCUGGGUCAGCUCUUCACAUUCGGCACCGGGCCCGACGUGUUCGCCCUGGGCGAAGUCGUGACAUCUGCACACGCUCAGAACGUCCUCUACUGCGUCGCCAGCAAUUUCCUGGAAGUCAAGCAACUGGCCUCCGUGUUGAUACGGCAGCUCCCUCCAUCGGCCGUUGGACUUCAGGAGCCAGAGAGGAUGCGCCGCGUCCUCCAGGCCGCUCUGGACCUCAGCACCAGCACCAAACCGUUCGACAGCGUCUCGGCCGCCCACCUCCUCAACCUGCUGCUCCACCAGCCGGACCUGCACCAGGCUCUGCUGCACUGUGCCCAGGAACAGGGCCUGGACUUCCAGCCUCCGUCCCCACCGGCCCAGGCUUCUGAGAAACUCACCUUAGAGCUCAACACUCUGGCAGUGGUUCAGUUCCUGCUGCGCUGUCUUCAGUCAGAGGUGUCCAGGGCCGAGUCGUCUCUGCUGCAGGCGGCUGGUUCCUGUCCUCUCUAUGGAAGAGCUCACUGCAUCACUGCAGUCCUGCAGCAUCUGAACACGGAGACUUUGAGUCAGACGGAGCAGUGGAGAAGUCUGGUAUCGGAGCUGAUCGCCGUGUGCUACAGGAUGUCGGACGUGGUCUCUCCUGUCGUCCAGAGCUCCUCCCCAGAGGGGCUCAUCCCCAUGGACGCUGACUCAACUGGUCUGCAGAACAUCCUGCAGGAGAUUCAGCCCCGGGACACCAAUGACUUCUUCCACAGUGCCAGAGAGCUGGACACGCACCAAGGAGAUGAUCACACAGAGAGCCAGACCACACAGGCACCCGUCGACACAGGUGGCGAGGGCUACAGGGUGACGGCCCAGAUGGUGCUGGUGUGCUGCUGGCGGAGCAUGAAGGAGGUGGCCAUGCUGCUCGGACAGCUGUGUCAGAGCCUGCCUCUGCACUACGCCAACAACACCACCACCACCACCACCACAAACAACAAGGAGGCACGCGCACACACUGGGCUCAUCACCGAGGAACAGGUGGAAGGGGUGGGCCUGUACUUCCGUCAGCAGCUCCUCCAGUCCCGUCACCGCGGCGCCUUUGAACUGGCCUACGUGGGCUUUGUGCGUCUCACCGACAUGCUGUGCAGGAGUGGAAGUCAGGCCCUGCAGCAGCUUCCCGCCCGCUGGCUGUCCGAGGUCCUGGAGGAGGUCAAAUCCAGCGACCCGUCGUCCAAGCUGUGCGCCACGCGACGCAGCGCCGGGAUACCCUUCUACAUCCAGGCUCUGCUCUCCUCCGAGCCCAAGUCGUCCAGCUGCAGCCUGUUGAAGAUGACCAUGAGGGAGCUGAUUGCUCUGGCCAUGCCGUCUGCUGACAGGACCACAGACAGCUCCACCGUGCCUCAGGUCCACGCUCUGAACAUCCUCAGGGCUCUGUACAGGGACACUCGUCUGGGUGAAAACAUCAUUCCUUUUGUCUCGGAGGGCAUGCAGGCUGCAGUGCUGGGCUUCACCUCUCCAGUCUGGGCGGUGAGGAACUCAUCCACUCUCCUCUUCAGCACCCUGAUCACGAGGAUUUUUGGAGUCAAGAAAGGGAAGGACGAGCACUCGAAAAAGAACAGGAUGACGGGUCGAGAGUUUUUCACCCGCUUUCCGGCCCUCUAUCCGUUUCUCCUGAGCCAGCUGGAGGAGGCUGCAGCCACAGUGGAAAGUGACAGUGGCCAGGUGAAGCUACACCCCAGCCUGUUCUUGCUGCUCUUGGUGCUCAGCCGGCUCUACCCUUCGCCCAUGGACGGAUCUUCUUCACCACUGGGACUCGCUCCUUUCAUGCCCUUCAUCAUAAGAUGCGGUCACUCCGCCGUCUAUCGGACCAGGGAAAUGGCGGCUCGGGCCCUCGUCCCCUUCGUCCUGGUCACUCAGGUCCCGUCCACCGUCCGCUCCUUGUUGCAGGACCUUCCUCUAGAGCCAGGACCAAAAAUCCAACACAACCACAUCCAUGGGACUCUGCUGCAGGUGCUGUUUCUGCUGCGCUCCUACCAGACUGACUCACACAGACCCCUCCCUGCAGGAAGUGGCAUUGGCGAAGCCCUCCGUCAGCGCAUGUGGCUGGCUUCUCGACAGAAUAACUGUGUGGUGACCAGAGGAGCCUUCCUGGAUGUCUUGAUGUGCCUGUGUGGCCCGAAAAUCAGUCUUCUGGAAGAUGGUGAGGUCGGCGCUCUGCGUCCCAUGGUUCUCUCCGUCCUGAUGUCUUCGGAACUGGUCACCUCCGACUCUUCCUCUGCCGCCCUUGAGCCCGGCGGUACCCAGUACCUGAUGAGCCUGGCCCAGGUGGCCCUCAGUGCCUGCGUGGAGGUCCCAGAGCUGUGGAACAGGCCUCAGCCGACCAGCCAGCUCCUGGAGCGUCUGCUUCGAUGCCCUCAGUAUGAGGUGAGGGAGCUGGCAGUGGAGGGGGUCCUCAGGAGGCUGGAGGAGGUGGAAGAAAAGGAGAGGAGGAGGAGGCCUCAGUGGCUGGACGAGACCACCCUGUCUAACCUGACCAGCUUGGCUCUCCGUGAAACACACCCCCAGUGUCUGGCCAAGGUCCUCCAGGUGUUGUCUGCGUUGAGCUCCAGCACUGAGCUCCCGUGGAGGGAUGAUGGGAAGAUUUUGUCCCAGGAGGAGGUCCUGCUGCACCUCCUCACCCUGGCUGAGACCUCUUCUUACAGCGUGGAGCUCCACUGCGCCGCCCUGACGCUGGUCUCUCAACUGGUGGUUAAACUGGUGAACUGCGACCCUCAGGGUGCGAGCGCAGUGUCUUGCCUGGCUCAGUGGGGGGCGUUGGUUUGCUCGUGCUGCAGCGAGGAGCAGCCUGUGGAGGUGAAGCUGAUGGUCGCCCAGGUGCUCGUCACCUGUGCCCCCAGCCUGCUGACCAGCCCUCAUCUGCCCCUGGGUCUGUCCACUACACUUUCUCUGUGGAGGAGUCUGUUCAUGCUGCUGCAGGAUGAAGACCAGGAAGUGAGAGAUGCAGCGUCUGACUUCAUCUCUAACGUACCAGCUCAUCUCCUCGGUGCAGACGUUGCAGGUGCGUCCAUGUGUCCUCCAGCCUCCCUGGACGCGGCCGUGGAGCUGCUGUGUCGGCUGUUUGGGACGUGGGGGCAGGUACCAGCUGGAGUCCUGGCUCUGACAGAGUGGCUGCUGGGGGAGGAGGAGGAGGAGGAGGAGGAGGAGGAGAACAGCAGCAGCAGGGAUGUAGCUGCAGGUCAAUCUUCCAGCCUGGAUGAAGACGACUUCCUGUUUGAGAAGGGGGACCUGAACCUGUGGGCCGAGCCGGUGCAGUGGGUGAAGCUCCUCCACAGACACCUCGCCUCCCUGGUGUCGACGUCCGAGCGGACCCGGGAUCCGGGGGCCGCGUGGCCGGAGCAGGUCCACCAAAUCCACGCCCGGGCCGGAGCCGAGGCGGUCGGCUCCCAGCGGGGCCUGGACUCCCUCCCGGCGCUGCCUCAGUUCUCCUGCACCAUGGAGCACGCCCGGCUGACGCUCAGGAACCAGAGGGCCGCUCUGGCUCUGGACGUCCUGCAGAGGCUGGUGGAGAGGAGCUAGAGCGGUUGUUCAUGUUUCAUGAACCGACACAGGAACUGUGGCCAAGGCUUUUAAUUGAAGGAAACUGCAGGAGGUCUUAUUGUGUUUUUAUGUGUGUGUGAUUGUUGUCCAUUGAUUACUGCUUUUAAUUUUUUUUAUUCCACUGUUUUUCCUAAAAAAUUAAAGACAUUAAACU